UCAGGAGCGGCGGCUGCCGUUCUGAAACAAGAUCAGACGACAAUCAACAAUCGUAUCAUUAAUGUCGCGCUGUCCAAUCCUCCGAAAAAACAUCGACAGGAAAAUGAACCGAAAGUUCAUCGCCAAGAGGGAAGGUAAAGAGCAGGGUACAGAGAUUUGCCAAGUUGACAAGCUUGCUACAAGCCUGUUGCGAACACAUCUUGUUGACAAGUUGUGUGAUUUUUACGUGUGUACUCUGCUCUGCAAAGCAAGAACUAUUGCCACUAUCAAAAUGGCCACUAUCGAAAUUUUCCCGGGCGAUGACUACUAAGAUCAGUAUUCCUCGCGGGCAUCAAGCCUUGUGACGUCAUUAUGCAUAAGGUCUAUUGGGCAAUGUCCUUUAGUCCCACAAACGCAUACGUGUAAAAGUGGGUGAAAACGUCCUGGCGGAGUCUAAACAUAAAGUCUAUAUUUUAUUUUAUUUUAGCCGCCCUGGCCGAGCUCGUACCCAGAUACAAUUUGUACCCAGGGCUCUUAAAAAAACACCUGGCACGGACACGUCGAAACCAUCAGCAGAUCCUGGGAACGAGGUUGCAACAAGCAAGGACGAAAAGCCGAAACUCAGCAAUGAUGACUUUAGAAAGAUGUUUCAAUAG